CUAAUCCUUCCUCACUCGCUGUCUUCGAGAUGAGCUUUUACGCGGGUCAUCCUUCCUUAGCAAACGUCUUCAAUCUUCCAAAGUCUAAAGCUUCCUUCGAGUAAACCUCUAAUGUUGUCUAGCAGUAGCGUAUUCUUGACCCGUACAUGUUGCUUGAGGCUGCAACCGCCCUGCCUUAUACUGCGCCGGAGAUUAUGCGGAGCCACCGCUUGCUCUGUUUCUCUAAACGGGAACACUUCGAAUAAGAAGAGAAACUCAGAGAAGGAGAAGGUGAUUGUGAUAUCUGGUCCCACCGGCGCCGGAAAAAGCAGGCUCGCCUUGGAGCUAGCUAAGCGUCUCAACGGCGAAAUCAUCAGUGCUGACUCCGUCCAGGUGUACAAAGGCCUUGAUGUUGGAUCAGCCAAGCCAUCAGCAAGUGAUAGAAAGGAGGUGCCCCAUCAUCUUAUCGAUAUUCUGCAUCCCUCUCAAGACUACUCCGUGGGGCAAUUUUUCGAAGACGGAAGGCAAGCUACUAAAGACAUUCUUAGUAGAGGGCGUGUUCCCAUAGUCACAGGUGGCACUGGACUGUACCUGCGAUGGUUUAUCUAUGGGAAGCCAGAUGUGCCUAAGCCUUCUCCAGAGAUCAUCUCUGAGGUCCAUGAUAUGCUACUUGAUUUUCAGACCGAUCAUAACUGGGAUGCAGCUGUUGAGUUCGUGGUCAAUGCUGGUGAUCAGAAGGCCUCUUCUAUAGCUCGUAAUGAUUGGUAUAGACUUAAGCGAAGCCUCGAGAUACUCAAGUCAACUGGAUCUCCUCCGUCUUCAUUUCGUGUUCCAUAUGAUUCUUUUCGAGAAAAUCUAAAUUCUCCUGAUGCCAAUGAUGACUUCAGUGAGAAUGAUAUCUCUGUCCAAAACAUAGAGACGGAUUUGGACUAUGACUUCCUUUGUUUUUUCUUGUCAAGCCCACGGAUUGAUCUUUACAGAUCUAUUGAUUUCAGAUGCGAAGACAUGCUCUCAGGUCCCAAUGGAGUUUUGUCAGAAGCUAGAUGGCUUCUUGAUCUUGGUCUUCUUCCAAACACAAGUUCUGCAACUCGGGCCAUUGGCUACAGACAGGCCAUGGAAUAUCUGUCAAAAUGUCGUCAACAAGGAGGUGUAAGUUCCCCUGGAGAAUUUUAUUGGUUUUUGAACAAAUUUCAGCAAGUCUCCAGGAACUUUGCAAAAAGGCAGAUGACAUGGUUCAGGUGUGAGCCUAUGUACCAUUGGCUUAAUGCUUCUAAACCACUGGAUACAAUACUUGAGUUCAUUUACGAUGCUUAUGAGAAGGAAGCAGAGACGCUGGUGGUGCCAGAUUCUAUUAGGAUGAACAAAGAAAUGAGAAACUCUCGAGAAGCUAAUGCAUUAAAGGCCUACCGCCCUAGAAAUAGGCAUUUCGUUGGAAGAGAGGACUGUUCUUCGGUGUUGGAGUGGAUCAGACGUGAAGGAUGUAAGAGUGAAGUUUCAUGCAUGGAAGGAGCAGCAAUAUAACCCACUUACACACUUCCUUUCUAUCCGCAGAAGCCAAAAACAAAACAAAUCAAAAGUUAAUGUGUUUUUUCUUUUCUUGUGUGAAUGUAUGAGUAGACAAGGUUUUAGAUUAUGUUUAUUUAUUUAUUUAUAUGAACAAACAUUUUUUUGCCGUCUA